CGUGUCAGAGAAAAUCAAAAGUGAACUCGUUUUCAAUUCGCAUGUUUUGUUUUGCAUAUAAGGCAACUAAAUUAAAACUCACGCCGCUGCAAUACAGUUAACAUACCACAUAAAACGCCAAGAUGGUUUUAGCAGAUUUAGGACGAAAGAUAACGACGGCGCUGCACUCGCUCAGCAAAGCCACCGUCAUUAAUGAGGAAGCCCUAAGUGCGAUGCUCAAAGAGAUAUGCGCCGCCCUGCUGGAGGCUGAUGUAAACAUCCGGCAGGUGAAGCAGCUCCGCGAGAAUGUGCGGGCCGUCAUCGACUUUGAUGAGAUGGCCGGGGGAUUGAACAAACGCCGCAUGAUACAGUCCGCCGUCUUCAAGGAGCUGAUUAAACUGGUGGAUCCAGGUGUCAAGCCAUAUCAGCCAGUCAAAGGCAAGGCCAACGUUAUCAUGUUUGUGGGCCUUCAGGGUUCCGGCAAGACAACAACAUGUACUAAGCUAGCCUAUCACUACCAGAAACGCAACUGGAAGUCGUGCCUCGUCUGCGCGGACACGUUUCGUGCAGGUGCCUAUGAUCAGAUCAAACAAAACGCGACCAAGGCGCGGAUUCCAUUCUACGGCAGCUACACGGAAAUCGAUCCUGUGGUCAUAGCGCAAGAGGGCGUAGACAUGUUCAAGCGCGAAGGAUUCGAGAUGAUUAUUGUGGAUACAUCAGGUAGGCAUAAACAGGAGGAGUCGCUGUUCGAGGAAAUGUUGGCGGUAUCCAAUGCCGUCAGUCCCGACAAUAUCAUCUUCGUGAUGGAUGCCACAAUUGGACAGGCUUGCGAGGCUCAAGCCAAGGCCUUUAAGGAGAAAGUUGAUAUCGGUUCCGUCAUCAUUACAAAAUUGGACGGUCAUGCCAAGGGUGGUGGCGCCCUGUCUGCUGUGGCUGCCACUCAGUCCCCCAUCAUCUUCAUUGGCACGGGCGAGCACAUCGACGACUUGGAGCCAUUCAAAACGAAACCUUUUGUGAGUAAGCUGCUGGGUAUGGGUGACAUUGAAGGACUGAUAGACAAGGUGAACGAACUGAAAUUAGACGGCAACGAGGAGCUGCUGGAGAAGAUUAAGCAUGGUCAUUUCACCAUACGCGACAUGUACGAACAGUUCCAGAAUAUCAUGAAAAUGGGACCCUUCUCACAGAUCAUGAACAUGAUACCCGGAUUCUCACAAGACUUCAUGACCAAGGGCGGCGAGCAGGAGUCGAUGGCGCGCAUUAAGCGCAUGAUGACGAUGAUGGACAGCAUGUCAGACAGUGAGCUGGACAACCGUGAUGGGGCCAAACUGUUCAGCAAGCAACCCACACGUUGCAUACGAGUGGCACAUGGCGCCGGUGUCAUUGAGCGCGAGGUUAAGGAGCUGAUUGCACACUACACGAAAUUCGCAGCGGUCGUCAAGAAAAUGGGCGGCGUUAAGGGUCUGUUUAAGCAAGGCGACAUGACGAAAAAUGUGAAUCCCACUCAGAUGGCCAAGCUCAAUCAGCAAAUGGCCAAGAUGAUUGAUCCCCGCAUGCUGCAGCAAAUGGGCGGCGUUGGUGGGCUGCAGAACAUGAUGCGACAGCUACAACAGGGCGCGGCGGGCGGCCUGGGCGGGCUGGGGAACCUGAUGGGCGGCUUUGGUGGCAAAUGAGAAAGGCCAUCUUAUAUGUAAAGAUUUUUGUAUGAUUUUGUUUUUAAAUAGUUCGGUUCUUAGCAUUAAUUUGUUAACGGUUUGCAAGCGCGACAAUUAUCCUUGUUUCCAUGGCGAUAUCCUCUUGUUUGACCAAAAUCAAUUACAAUUUGUGAAAAUAGUGGUAAACAGUGAACGAAAUCUAUGUAAAACAGUUAACAAUUCUAGUUAGCGGUCUUCAGUUUUUGUACGGUUUGGUAUACAGUGCUCUGCAGUCGCAAGAUUUAAGCUAAGUUUUUAUUGUUUAAAAAACAGUCUACUGUCAACGAACAACUAAAAUUGCAUGCAUAAGACUCCGUACGGAAAUGAAUUGAAUAAAAAGUAUAUAGAAAUUCAUAAAA